AUGGCAGGCAAACUCACAGGUGCCUCGGUUGCCGAGCACAACUCCAAGGACUCGUGCUGGGUGAUCGUCCAUGGCAAGGCGUACGAUGUAACAGAAUUCCUCCCUGAACACCCUGGUGGCCAAAAGAUCAUCCUCAAGUAUGCGGGCAAAGAUGCGACCGAAGAGUUCGACCCUAUCCACCCACCCGAUACCCUGGACAAGUUCUUGGACCACUCAAAACACCUCGGCGAAGUCGACAUGUCGACCGUCGAGCAGGAGGAAAAGGCCUUUGAUCCCGAGGAGGCCGAUCGCCAGGAGCGCAUCAGCCGAAUGCCUUCCCUCGCAGCAUGCUACAACCUGAUGGACUUUGAAGCAGUUGCACGCAGGGUCAUGAAGAAGACCGCCUGGGCAUACUACUCCAGCGGAGCUGACGAUGAAAUUACAAUGCGCGAGAAUCACGCUGCAUUCCACAAGAUCUGGUUCCGCCCCCGCAUCCUCGUGGACGUAGAAAACAUCGACAUGAGCACAACCAUGCUGGGCACGAAAUGCUCCAUCCCCUUUUACGUAACAGCCACAGCCCUAGGCAAACUAGGCCACCCAGAAGGCGAAGUGGUUCUCACAAAAGCAGCCCACGCCCACGACGUCGUCCAAAUGAUCCCCACACUAGCCUCGUGCUCCUUUGACGAAAUCGUCGACGCAAAGCAAGGCGAUCAAGUUCAAUGGCUGCAACUAUAUGUAAACAAGGACCGCGAAAUCACCCGCAAGAUCGUCGAGCACGCCGAAAAGCGCGGCUGCAAGGGCCUCUUCAUCACAGUCGACGCACCCCAGCUCGGCCGCCGCGAGAAAGACAUGCGCUCCAAGUUCUCCGACCCAGGCUCAAACGUACAAUCCGGCGGCGACAAUAUCGACCGCUCGCAAGGCGCCGCCCGCGCCAUCUCCUCCUUCAUCGACCCAGCCCUCUCCUGGAAGGAUAUUCCCUGGUUCAAAUCCAUCACCAAAAUGCCCAUCGUGCUGAAGGGCGUGCAGUGCGUCGAGGACGUCCUCCGCGCCGUCGAGGCCGGCUGCGACGGUGUCGUCCUCUCCAACCACGGCGGCCGCCAGCUGGAAACGGCCCGUUCAGGCAUUGAAGUCCUAGCCGAGGUGAUGCCCGCUCUCCGUGAGCGCGGCUGGGAAAAACGCAUCGAGGUCUACGUUGACGGCGGUGUGCGUCGCGCAACUGAUAUCCUCAAGGCACUCUGUCUUGGUGCGAAGGGUGUUGGUAUUGGACGUCCGUUCUUGUUUGCUAUGUCGGCCUAUGGCCUUGAGGGUGUUGAUCGCGCUAUGCAAUUGCUUAAGGAUGAGAUGGAGAUGAACAUGCGGUUGAUUGGCGCUGCGCGUGUUGAAGACUUGAAUCCUUCACUGCUUGAUACGCGUGGUCUGCUUGGUGGGCAUUCUGGUUUCGUGCCUUCUGAUACUCUUGGGCUUGGGGCUUAUGAUCCUCUUGAGGCGCCGAGGUUUAAUGAGAAGCCUAAGUUGUAG